GAACCAUCCUUACAAGAAGUCCUUACAGAACCACCUGAAGUGUACGCUCUCCGCCCUACCUCACUGAAACAAUCAUAGAGUCAAGAAUGUUCCAGUCAGCUUUUACUCGUCCAGCUGCAAUGGCAGUGCUGCUGUUAACCCUUACAACAAUUCUGGUUGUUACCUCAGAUCAGGAACUUGAUGGCUACUACAAACGUUUGGGAACUGGUUAUUCCUAUGGUUAUAUUGGGACACCUCCAACAGAACAAUUCUCCUCAACACGAAACCUCCUCGACUGCACCGCGCUCGCUCAGAGGAGCCAAUCGCAAUUUUUCACUUACAACAAAGUCAGCCAUGCUUGUAAGAAUUACUCACCGAAAAAUAUAAUGACAGUCGUCAGCACGAAUAACAAGAACGAGAUUUCCUUCUAUAGAAAUAGCAAAUGGAUCAAAGUAUAUGCCAUAUCAAAGGGAGCUGGUUCGAAAGUCUAUAAUUCAUUCCUGAAUAUAGGACUUCCUUCAACCUGGAAUGUGGACAAAUGCAAUGGUACCUUUUGUCCUAACUUCUUCCGACAUCCUUUCCUAAAUUUCUGGAACAAUCUUCCAAUUGAUGAGGUGAAACUGGUGAUUUAUAAAAACAAAACAGAUGUGGUAACUAUAAUAUUUGAUGGACGAAAUACAAACCUUCAAAGCUGGUUCUCUCACGAAAAGUUGAAAACUUCACCGUGGAACGACCUAGCUUCAGCCACCGGAGUUCAAUUCUCAAUUGAGUGAUAUCGACUUGCACGUCGCUUCCAUAUAACAAUACAUGGUUUUUGUGAAGGGGACAGAGGCUGGUUGACCAUCAAUGAGGGACCACUUUACUGUCAGUGGGAAAUGUCAGAUCACUACCCUAUAUUUCGUUAUUCUGAUACAAAAUCGAAAGUCAUAUGGAACAACGGUUAUGCAUUAGCAGACUCCAUGGCCAUAUUCAUCCGCCUGAGGCAGCAGAACUAACCCAGCACAUGAUACCCAUUGAUACUAUUGAUGUUGUUAACGUCCAUACAAUCCAGUUGACCACCACUGGUGAUCCACAUAAGUCACGUUUUACCUGUUAAUAAAGAAUCCAUAUAAAUAUUGUAUCCAGCA